AGGAGAAUAAACAUGGAACUUUUCAAAGAUGGAGGAGGUCUUCUUUCUAGGGACCCAGCCUGCCUUCAUGCAGAAAAGACAGAGGCAGAAAGGAAGAUGGCUGACUGCCUGACAAAUUGUUAUCAGGACUCAGUAACCUUUGAUGAUGUGGCUGUGGACUUCACCCAAGAAGAGUGGGUUUUAUUAGAUAAAACUCAGAAAAUUCUAUACAGAGAUGUGAUGCUGGAGAACUAUAAGAACCUGGCCACAGUAGGAUGUCAGUUUAUCAAACCCAGUCUGAUCUCUUGUCUGGAACAAAAAGAAGAGUUGAGGACAGUUCAGGGAGGAGUUCUCCAAGACUGGGAAAUACUACUUCAAACCAACAUUUCAGCACUGCAGCAGGAUUUUGGGAUGGUACAGACUAAUAAUGGGAUACAAAUGGACCUGGUAACCUUUGAUAGUGUGGCUGUGAAGUUCACCCAGGAGGAGUGGACUUUACUGGACCCAACUCAGAGGAAGCUAUACAGAGAUGUGAUGCUGGAGAACUACAACAACCUAUCCUCAGUAGGUUACCAGCUUUUCAAACCCAGUCUGAUCUCUUGGUUGGAAGAAGAGUUUAGGACAGUACAGAGAGGCAUUCUCCAAGAAUGGAAAAUGUGUCUUCAAACCAAUGAGUCAGCCCUUUGGCAAGAUAUUUUUUGUUUAAAAACAUCAAAUGGGAUACAACCGGCAAGAAGCCACAAUGGAGGGGACCUCUAUGACUGUAAACAAUGUGGAAAUGUUUUCAGCGAACACUCAUGCCUUAAGACACACAUGAGUACUCAAAAUAGAGAGAACAUUUCUGAAUGUAAUCAGUAUGGAGAAGACCUCCUUUCUUUGCACAAGAAAACCUCUACUGGAGGGAAACUUUCUGUGUUUGAUCAAUGUGGAGAAUCCUUCAACCUGACUUUAAAUGUUGAGUUCCAGAGAAAGUGUACACAAGAUAAGUCCUUUGACUGCAGUGACUGUGGGAAAACUUUUGUUAAUCAGUCACGCCUUCAGGCACACAGGAGAAUUCACAAUGGAGAAAAACUGUAUGAAUGGGAGCAAUGUGGGAAAGCGUUUCCUGACUCCAGAAGCCGUGCUAUGCAUGUUGAAAUGCACAUUGUAAAAAAUCCCUAUGAAUGUAAGGAAUGUGGAAAAGGCUUUCGAUGUCUUACCUAUCUUGAUAAUCACAUGCAAAUCCACACUGGAAUAAAGCCCUAUAAGUGUAAGGACUGUGGGAAAGCCUUCACUGUGCGUUCAGACCUUAGUAAACAUGUGCAAACUCACAAUGGAGAGAAGCCCUAUGAGUGUAAGGAAUGUGGUAAAGCCUUCUGUACAUCCUCAGGCCUUGUUGAACAUAUAAAGUGUCACCCAGGAGAGAAACCCUUUAAGUGUGACCAGUGUGGGAAAGCUUUUGUUUAUUCCUCAUCUCUUUUUGCACAUUUGAGAACUCAUACUGGAGCGAAGUCUUUUGAUUGUUAUGUGUGUGGGAAACCAUUUACCCGUUCCUAUCAUCUUCACCUUCACGUGCGAACUCACACAGGAGAGAGACCAUAUAGAUGCAAAGAGUGUGGGAAAACUUUCACUAAAUGCUCGUAUCUCACUAAACAUUUACGAAUACACACUGGAGAGAAACCCUAUGAAUGUCAGAAAUGUGGAAAAGCCUUCAUUGAGCACUCAUACCUUACUAGACAUUUACGAACACACACUGGAGAGAAGCCCUAUGAACGUAAGGAAUGUGGGAAAGCCUUCGCUGUUUCUUCAAGCCUAACUGAUCAUAUAAGAAUUCACACUGGAGAGAAACCGUAUAAAUGUAAUGAAUGUGGAAAAGCUUAUAAUAGGUUUUGUCUACUAACUCAACAUUUAAAAACCCACCCUACAGAGAAGACCUUUGAAUGUAAGGCAUGUGGCAGAUCCUUUAGAAAUUCCUCAUGCCUUGAUGAUCACUUCCGAAUUCACACUGAAAUAAAACCGUAUAAAUGUAAGGACUGUGGGAAGGCAUUCACUUGGCGCUCAAGCCUUACUAAACAUGUACAAACACACGCUAGAGAGUAGAGAGAAGCCUAUGAAUGUUAGGAAUGUGGGAAAUUCUUCCAUACAUCUUCAGGACAUAUUCAGCAUAUGAGAAUUCACACAGAAGAGAAAUGCUUUGAAUGGGACCAGUGUGGGAAAGCCUUUGCUUCAUUUUCAUCUCAUAUUGCACUUUUGAGAACUCACACAUGCAAUAUAUGAGAAGCCCUGUGUAUGUAAGGAAUGUGGUAAAACCUUCACUGUUUCCUCAAGCCUAACUGAAUAUGUAAGAAUUCACAGUGGAGAGUAACCCUAUAAAUGCAAGGAAUAUGGGAAGGCCUCAUUAACACUUGAAACUUUCUAGACACGUACAAACUUAACACUGGAGAGAGACCCUAUAAACGUAAGGAAUGCAGAAAAGCAUUUACUAGUUUUUAUUACCUUACUGAACAUAUAAAAACACUGGAGAGAAACCCUUUUUAUGUAAAGAAUGAAGAAAAUCCUUUCAAAAGUCCAUGUGCCUUAAUUGCAUUCUUAUUUACACCGAGAAGAAAACUUGUCAACAUAAAUGAUUUGUGAAAGUGUUCAGUUGUGCCUGUUCACUUGAAGGAUAUGAAAGAACUCACUCUGAAGAUGUUUCAUGAAGUUAAGGCAUGUAGGAUAGCCAUCAGCAUCUGCUCACAGUCCAGUACAUGAGAAUUCUCUGUGAAGCUUUCCCUGUUUUCUUGGGUAUUAUUGGAUAUGUGAGAUCUCACAAUGAAGAUAAACCCUACUGAUAUAUGUGGAAAAAUUGCAGUCUUGUUAAAUACUUUUAUGUUCACCUGUAAUCUCAUAGUGGAGAAAAACUUCAUGAAGAUAAGAAAUGUUGGAAAGCCAUAUUUUACAUUACAUUGUUCUUCAACCUUUAGUACACAUGAGGUGAUUCACACUCAAACUGUGUAUGUAUGGAAUAGGAGAAUUGCCUGAAAUCCAACAGAGACAUGACUUUGCGGGUGGUUUUAUAGAACUAUUUUGAAAAUUUGUAGUACUGCCUGGCUCAUUCCCAGCAUGAUAUGUCUUUAUCCUAUAGCAGUGCCAGUCUUGUCUAGUUACUACACCUUCUGGGUUACAACCUGGCCAAAAGUGGGCCUUCAGGAUUCAGACAUAAACCUGUUUCAGCAGUGUACAUUCUCUUUGUGGUUUGUCAUGGUCUUAGAACGUGGUCCACCAUGUGGCAUACUCUGGCUG